UCCGGUAAUACACCUCCAUCUUGGAUAAACAUCUCAACCAAGUGCUUGACAACGCAUGUUUUCUCCUUCAAAACUUGAUUAAAUCUGAAAUUGCUUAUCUGAUUUUGGCCUCAGGUUAAGAUAAACAACCUAAUUGAAUACUGGUCUGAAAUAAUUAUAAUCUGAAGGAUGUCAAAGCGUUGUAUUUGUGAAAUAUGCACUUGCGGGAGGCACAGAUGUCCUCAUGCACCCACCAAUCAUUUGGGACAGGGUGAAGGACCAUGUAAGCUGACAGAGUAUUCACAGGUGUACAAGCCACACCCACUGGCUCCCCGUGAAACGUUCAAACCACAUCAACAACCAAUGCAAGGUGGAGAAUUCAUGGAUAAAACCACACAGAGGGCUGAUUACCAUGCACAUCCUUUGGAGCGUCCAUUUGUACACAAACCUGAUGAGUACGUCCCACCUCAGGGAGAAUUUGCAAACCAGACAUCCUACAAACAAGAAUACGUAGGAAAACAAGGAGCUCCUGCUAGAGCUAUAAGAAAUGAAGGCCAGAGGCAGAUUCCCGCCAAAUUUGAAGGCGAGCCCACAUACAAAACUGACUACAGGAAAUGGGAUGCCGCUGGAAGGCAGCAGCCAUAUGGUAUGCAGGCUGCAUGGGAACCACCACAUACCAAGUUUGAAGGCCAGACAACUUUCCAGAAUGAUUACAGGAGAAAUGAGAUUCCUCCUCGACAUAAUUAUAAGCCCAACGAGGGUGCAAGAUUAUCUGACGCACCAUUUGAAGGAAGAACAAUUCACCAAGAUGCAUACAUUCAGCAUGCUAUUCCACCAAGAUAUAUGAAAGAGAAGGAGCAAUAUCGACCCUCUGGAGUUCAGUUUGAUGGCACUACAACAUUCAAGCGAGAUUAUAAGGGGGCACAAGGAGAGCCAACACACAGUUUCAAGCCUGAAGGUAAAGCAUUCCAGUCAGAUGCUCGAUUUGAGGAUGGUACAACACAGAAAGAUGAUUACAAGAAAUGGCCAAUGGAGAGACCUUACAUUCACCCUCAUGAGCAGUAUGUUAAGCCUGCGGGCGAGAUGGAAAAGAAUACAACGCACAAUGCUACAUACAGACCAAUGCCGCUGCAACGAGUUGCCGCCAUGCGGCCAGUGUCUGCAAAGAAAGCAAGUGCUCCAUUCGAUGGCACAACAAUGUACAACUCUGACUAUAUAAAAAAGUAUGGAGAAAGAGCACAGAUGCCAAGACAGGCAGACUAUGUACCUAAUAAUGCUCCAUUUGAAGGCAAUUCUACAUACAAGGGUCACUACAAACCUCAUGCUCUUCAGCCUAACAGAUCAUUCCGUCCUGAUAACACUGCCUUCCAGAGCGACGCCCGCUUUGAUGACCACACCCUUUACAGACAAGAUUACGUGCCCAAACCAAUACAUGUUUGCGAAGCAGCUGGAAUUGAUCAGCCAACAUCUCGCUUCCAGUUUGCCAGUCUAGAUAGCAGAGGUCAUAGGCAGUACCAGCCGGUGCAGACCAGCAUAAGUCCAUUACAAUCGCGUAGCCCUAUGCAAUCCCAGCAGAGACUAGCAAUGUCUGUUGCGUAAUAACUAUGUCAUGUAGAUAUUUGUCGUUGACAAGGUGUUUAAAAGCUUCAAUGUCUGUCUAAAUACGAAAAUCUUGAUUACUUUAAUGACUGAUCAUGUGUCUGCUGAUUUAUUAGUGCCAAAUAUAAGAAAUUAAUUUAAAAAAAGAAUUACAGCAUAGAAAUUGAUGAGUAUUUUGUGGUGCAAUGAGGAUUUGCAUUUUAACCCCCUUUUUGCUACUAAUUAAUAAUUCCUUUCUCAUUAUAUGGUCAAAUGUUUUGUUAUAACAAAAUAAGAUUAAAGUGAUUGAAAAAUGACCAGAUUUAGGGGGCAUUUUGUUGAGAAAAUCUACAGUCUUAAUCACCUAAAAUGCUGCCUUAAUGCUUACUUCACUGCUGUUAGAAUAUAUACAUGAUGCAAAUAAUGAUCCGUCCAUUUCGACCUUUAAUGGUCAAAUAAGGCAAGUAUGGUUCUAGGUCAGGUGAAUAUUUAUACUUGAUUUAUCAGUUUUUUAUCAUUUUUCAGUAUGUGUCAUUUUGUUAUUUGCAAUUUCUCAUAAAAGGUGUCAUCAAGAUUACAAACUGCGUUUGGAAGCUUGAAUGCAAACUGUCCCCUUUUUUUAAAAACUUUCUCAUCAAUAAAGAUUAUCAGUAUUUGGUAUUUUGAUGUAAUGACUGCUGAUAUUAAUUAACAUAGGCAAAAGUAGAAAUUUUAUUAUUUUCAAAAAGCUAUGAGUAUUAUAAAAAGAUGAGAGCACCAAAAAUUACGCUUAUACAGAUAUGUUUUUAAUUGUUCUGAAACUGCUUUGAAUCAACAAUGUUCUGUGAUUUUUGUUAUUGUAAGAAUAAAUAAUACUGCUGCUUUAAAACUGUUACUAAAAAAAAAGUGCAGUGUCAUUUUUAUGCUGAAUAGUGUUUUUCUCUAUUUCAGCAUGUAUAAUGCAUGUUUCUGCCAUUCACAAUAAAUUUAACUCUUUAAAAAAUGUUUUAUGAUUUGUGACAAAUGGAAGAAUUUGAGAUAGGUAGCUAUUUCAAAGAAACGUGAUUGACAUAGAACAUGUACUAUGAAAUCUAAUUAUUCCUGGUUGAUGUCAUGGUUUCAUAUAAUGGUAAAAUUUAAUCCAAAGAAACAGAUAAUAUAAAAUUUUCAUUUUUUAUCUUUGACUUUUGAAAACCAUGAAUUCAUAUAUAGCAGGUUGUGGAAAUUGCAAAAUUUUAUGCUCACAAAUUCAAAUGGUCAUACAGUAUGUAAAGUUAUGAUGUUGUUCCUUUUUUUGACCGAUUUUCUUUUUAUGCAGAUUUCUUUCAUACUAAGCAGUAUUGAGAUUUAUCAGGAAAUAUGCCUAAAAAUACCUUAAAGUAAUUUACCAAACCAAAUUGUCAGUAUUACAUGUUGCACAUCGAUCAAGAUGACCAAAUCUAAUAUACUGGUACUUUUAAUGGUACUUCACAAUGUUUUAGAAUUAAAAAAAAAAAGACAAUUUAGUGAAUUUUUUCUUGCUAUUAACUAUUCAAAAAGCACCUUAAUGCCAUUAUUUUCUGUGGUUAGUUUUAAUAAAAAGCAGGGGGAAAUCUAAUUAGAUAUCCUCUGUGCUCAAACACCUCAAAAUGAAUAUACAUUUACACUUAGUUCAUUUCAUUUCAUAGGUAUCAAUAUAUACCAAUUGACUAAAGAUUCAUAGAUUUUGACAAGAUUUUAUUUCUGUUCUGACGUUAAUAAUGUAUAGUGCACUAGGAUACGUAGAAUUAGAUUUUUCUGUCUUCUGUAGCGUAAUAAUCGGCAUAUUUUGCAAAAGAAUUUUAUUUAUACAGAUGUUAACUUUAUUAUAUGUUUUCAUGAUUUUUACCUGUUUAUUUUUUUGUGCUGCUAUUUUUACACAAAUCUGUGACUCGUUUUAAGCCGAGACUGUGAUAUUUAUUUGUAAAAUCACACUUGUUGUGUAUAUGUGUUAAAGCGCCUUAAAUGUGAAAGAAAAAUGGCUUUAAUUUCUGCACUUAUACUUUGUAUGUUAAUUGUCAUAAACCCAUUUUAGGUCCAUCAUUUUAAUGUUUCAUUGUACGCAUUUUUGAAUUUUCGUAAAACGUUGCAUAAUGAGCCAUUGUAAAAGCAUGGACUUAGAUGUAACAAAGAAUUUUCCUGCAUUUUUAGACUGACCUUUACAGAUAAAUCAUGACAGAUCGAGAUAGCAUGGUCAUUUGUAGGAAAAUACAUUUAUUUCUAGUUUAUAACUCUGUAAAAUUACAGGACUGUUCUCCACCGAAUUUUAAGCCUCAUUCUGAAUUCACAUUGAUAAUGAGCUGUAAGUCAUUACUGUGUGAGACCCUUCCAGGAUAUAUACCGGAGACAGAAUAUAUUAAUCAAAAGAUGUUUGAUUGAUAAAACUCUUUUGGCCUUAAUUGCGUAUUCUAAUAUGCUUGUUUCUGUUAAAACACGCUUACGCUUAAAUGACACGUUAACAUGCGAUGACAUCAAUCUUUUUGUUGCGAGCAAGAAAGAGCGCUACUAUAUUUUUUCUACUGUUUUAGAUAAAGGGCAUAUUAGAAUCGAAAUAAUGUAUAGAAAAAUCGUGUUUUGCUUAAAUUAAUACACUCAAAAUCGGUAAUACGUCGGCAGAAUAAUUCACUCGAACUACGCCCUCCUGAAAUUAUUCCGCGAACAUAUAAUCUCUUGUCAUGUAUUGAUAACGUUAAAACACGGUUUUUCUAUACACUAUUUCUUAAAUGAAUUCAUUCAUUUCUAUCAGCAGAGAGCAGUAUUGAUGUUUAGUCUACUUUGGAAUAAGACCAUUAUUAUAGACCAAUAAGAGUAAUGAUUGAUUGGUAAAUUAAGACAGCUUUAAGAUUCUAUUUUACAAGCCUUUACAGAUACUAGAUGAUGUUCUUUAAAUAAAAAUUCAGUUAAAAAAAGAAUCACAGCUAAAACACAUCUUAAUUUUGGCAAGGCUCAAAAGAGCAACAUUUCUUUUCAGGUUUUAAAACUAGAAAAGAGUUAUGUCUCUUUCAUUUUGCUUUGCUCAUCAUUCAGUCAUGUUAUUACCUAUAUAUUGUAGUGUAUUUAAUUGCUUUCAGGAAUUCUAAUGAUAUUGCCUUUUAUAGUGCUUAUUUUAUAUGUUUUCAUUUUAGAAUAAAAAAAAGCCAUUCUGCACUGUCAUAUUAUUAUGUUCACCAGGAGAUAAUGUACUUGGCAGCAGAGAUAGUAAACGAUUGCAUAAGAUUUGUAAAUUGAUUCGAUUUUUUUUUAUGAAAGUGAGUUUAUAUCUUUGUGCCAUUAAUUGUUAUUUACACUCUAAAAGAAUAUGAAUACUAAAUUUUCAUUUUAAUUGCCUAUUCGUUAAGAAAAUGUUUAAUUAAUGAAAGUUUUAAAAGUUAACAAAAAUUUAAAUGCAUUUGUCCUUGAUUCUAUUUUUAACCCUUAUCAUGCUGGACAUGAUUGAUUCUGCCUUUGCGACCAUUGUAGUCUGCACUGUUUGCUAUUCAGUCAGUAUUGUUUGGGUAAACACCCCUUUUCACAGUUAAUGGUACUGUCCAAAUUGAAGGAUGGACAAGUUCAUUAUAGAAAUUUAGCAAGGUAAGGGUUAAUGUAUAAUGAUAUCAAGACAAAAUCUGUAUACUGGUGUAGUUUGUAUUAUCAUAUACAUUGAGGAUUUUUAGCAAAUACAUCUGAAAAACCACGCUUAGCAUGUUUAGAUUUUUAAAGUAGAUUAACUAAAAAAGUUAAAUUUCCAUUAAUUUUUGUUAUUACAACUGCUGUUGGUUAAACUGGAAUGAGAGAAUUCGGAGUAAGUUACUCUGAGUUUGUUUUGCAUUAAUAUGUAUAUAUAAUUCAUAUUGUAGAAAUUUCAUGUUGAAAUUGUCUUUUCCUGGUUUUUCUGUAAAAAUCAGGUUUAUGUAGAAAUAAAAAGAGUAUCUAUCUAA